UUCUGAAUUAUCUGAACAGAAGAAUUAUAUAAUGAAGAGAGAGAGAGAGAGAGAGAGAGAGAGAGAGAUAGAGAGAUGAUAAGGCAUUGAAGCAAAAUCUCUACUCCGAGAAGCUCACCAAUGGAGGACCCAAGUUUUAAGAUCAGCGACGGAGGAUGUAGUUUUCCAAAGCGCGGCGACGCAAGAUUGUAUAGCAAGAAUGAGGAGUCGGCAUCCUUCACCCUUCGUAAUCUCUCGAAGCUCAUACUCCCCCCUUUGGGCGCGACCGACUACAACCGGGCUCAGUCGAGUUCGCGGGGAAAAAUUAUCUCACCUAUGGAUUCAAGAUACAGGUGUUGGGAGACGUUCAUGGUGAUCCUCGUAGCAUACUCAGCAUGGGUCUACCCUUUCGAGGUUGCGUUCAUGGAUGCUUCUCCAAAGGGAGGACUCUACAUAGCUGACAAUAUCGUGAAUAUUUUUUUUGCCAUCGACAUAGUCUUAACAUUUUUCGUGGCUUACAUCGACUCGAGGACACAACUGCUUGUCUGGGACCGAAAGAAGAUUGCUGUUAGGUAUCUCUCAACAUGGUUCAUCAUGGAUGUGGCCUCGACAAUACCGUUCCAAGGUCUCUGUUACUUAUUUACAAGAGACGUAAAAGAAAGUGUCUCAUACAGCCUGCUGGGCAUGCUAAGGCUUUGGCGUCUAAGGAAAGUGAAGCAGUUAUUCACAAGGCUUGAAAAGGACAUCAGGUUCAGCUAUUUCUGGAUAAGAUGUGCUAGGCUCUUGUCGGUUACGGUUUUCCUGGUGCAUUGUGCCGGGUGCCUCUACUACUUGCUAGCGGACCGUUACCCGCAACAAGGAAAGACAUGGAUCGGCGCGGUCAUCCCGAACUUCCGUGAAGCUAGCUUGUGGAUCCGUUACAUAUCAUCCGUCUACUGGUCCAUCACUACAAUGACCACAGUUGGUUACGGAGACCUUCACGCCGAGAACACGAGGGAGAUGAUUUUUAACAUUUUCUACAUGCUCUUCAACCUCGGCCUGACUGCCUACCUGAUCGGGAACAUGACGAAUUUGGUCGUCGAAGGAACUCGGCGCACAAUGGAAUUUAGGAACAGCAUACGUGCUGCAUCAAAUUUUGUAUGCCGGAACCAUCUCCCCCCACGUCUGAAGGAGCAGAUAAUGGCUUAUAUGUGCCUUAGAUUCAGAGCAGAGAGCUUAAAUCAACAGCAGUUGAUGGGCCAACUACCCAAGUCUAUAUGCAAAAGCAUCUGCGAGCACCUCUUCCUACCGCUCAUCAAGGAGGUCUAUCUCUUUAAAGGCGUGUCCAAGGAAAUGCUCUUACUCCUGAUGACGAAGAUGAAACCUGAAUAUAUACCUCCUAGAGAAGAUAUUAUAAUGCAAAAUGAGUCGCCAGAUGAUGUCUAUAUUGUGGUCUCCGGUGAAGUGGAAAUCGUGUACUCAAACGAAGAGGGAGAACAAGUGGUAGGAGUUUUAAGUACAGGGGAUAUAUUUGGAGAAGCUAGUGCACUCUGUGAUAGGCCGCAAAGCUUUACGUUCCGAACAAGAACUCUUUCUCAGCUUCUAAGAUUGAAGCAGAGCACACUCAAAGAAGUCAUGCAGGCCAAACAAGACGACAGCGUAGUAAUCAUCAAAAACUUUCUUAAGCAUCAAAUUGAAUUUAAGGAUAUCAAAGUCGAGGAUUUAGUAGGAGAGAGUGGAGAAUACGAUGAAGCCAACAUACCAUGCAAUCUCCUGACCGUCGCUGCCACGGGCAAUAGUAGCUUGCUUGAAGAUCUUCUUAAGGUGGGUAUGGAUCCUGAUAUCGGCGACUCCAAAGGAAGGACACCACUGCACAUAGCAGCAGCAAAGGGACAUGAGGAUUGUGUUUUGGCUCUACUCAAGCAUGCUUGCAAUGUAAACAUCAAAGAUACUAAUGGAGACACCCCGCUAUGGCUAGCUAUCAGUACAAAGCAUCACAAAAUUUUCAACAUCUUAUACCAUUUUGCGCGCAUCUCCGAUCCCCACACUGGGGGUGAUCUUCUCUGCCUCGCAGCAAAACGAAAUGAUCUUACUGCAUUGAAGGAUCUAUUAAAACAUGGUCUAGACAUCAAUUCAGAAAACCACGAAGGGUUAACAGCGCUACAAAUUGCCUUGGACGAAGACAACGCGGACAUGGUUAAGUUUUUGAUCAUGAAUGGAGCAAGCAUAGAAAACGUAAAUCAUAAUUUAUGGGAAAAGGGGAAAAUGACAGAGGAAGCUUUACAAGAAUUGCUACAAAAGAGAGAAGUAGGUUAUCCAAUAGCAAUACUCGAAUCGCCAAAAGCAUUUCAGCAAACGAGGACAUUGGAAGGAAAACGACAUAUGACGAAUUUGAAUAUAAGAGAUGGAAUCUGUCCGAGAGUUAGUCUUCAUAAGGGCCAUCCAUUUUUGCGAAAUCCACGCUCAGAAGCUGGGAAACUUCUAAAUUUGCCAAACACGAUGGAAGAACUAAAAGUGAUUAUUGGAGAGAAAUUCCGAAUCGACACAAAUUGCACGAUCAUUACAAAUGAAGAGGCAGCAGAGAUCGACUCCAUUGAAGUGAUAAGAGAUAACGAUAAGCUAUUUAUAGUCACAGAAGAAGAACUUCAACGGAUUCAUGGUAUUAAUGGCUACAUAUAACAACUGUACCCUUAAUAUAUUUAUUCCAAACGAGAAAAAUAUUUCUGAGUAUGAUUCAGUUUUAGCAUCUUUGCCAAUAUAACAUUAGAAAGUAAUGAAAUAA